AAGAUGCAGCCGCCCGUAUUAAAUAUCGCCCUUUUUUCAGUGUUGCAAGUUUUCUUGUCUUUGUCGUGUUUUCAGGAUGUUGUCGGAGCCGCCAGCGGGCGAGGAUUUGGAGAUAAAAUCUACUGGAGGACUCUGGAUGAUGCAAAAAAAGAAGCUGACGCCAGUGGGCUGCCCAUCAUGGUCAUCAUUCACAAGAGCUGGUGUGGAGCCUGCAAAGCGCUGAAGCCCAAAUUUGCUGAAUCCAAGGAAAUCUCCGAACUGGCACACAACUUUAUCAUGGUCAACUUGGAGGAUGAAGAGGAGCCAAAGGAUGAGGCCUUCAGCCCAGAUGGUGGAUACAUUCCUCGGAUUCUUUUCCUCGAUCCCAGCGGAAAAGUUCACCCUGAAAUCUCCAACAAAAUCGGGAACCCAAACUACAAAUACUUCUACAGCAGCGCAGAACAAGUGGUCUCGGGCAUGAAGGACGCGCAGGAGAAGCUGACGGGCGACGCCUACAAACGGGGCCACACCGGAGACGAGCUGUGA